AUUAUGAAUUAAACAUUUACAAAGGAGUAAUAGUUAUUAGUUGAUGAAAUCAUUUCCAAAGGCUAUAAUCAAGAUGAUUUUGAAGACUAUGUUCUCCUUAAAGAACCCAAAAAAGGUUCAAAUUCUAUAUUAUUUUCUAGGCUAAGAUUUAAGUUAAUGGUCUUAUUAAGAAUUAGAAAAAAUCAUUUAACAAUAUCAACAAGAUAGUAUUCCAUUCUCAUUAUUCUACAGGAAAAGAACAAAACUUCAAUUCAUACCAAUUAGUCGAACUUGAUUCUCCAGAUAUUUCUGAUUAAAUUCAAAUUAUUGACAGAGAUACUUUUGUCUAAAAAUAAACCUUAGAAUCCAUCAAAAUUGUAUUUCAUUUCUAUUAUUUUAUUUUAGACUGAUAAAAUUUAAAUAAUUCCUUUUGAAAAGACCAUCAAUUGUAAAUAAAUGUAUUUUUUCAUUGAUGAAAACAUCUAACUCUAAUUUGAUAUCAGUCCGUAUUUCAUUCUAAUAACUAUAAAGUCCCAUACAAGAAGGAGGUGGCAUAUUAGAUUUCUUUUCUAAAACCAUAGUAUUUCCAAUUCAAAUCUUCCCUAUGUAAUGGAAAGUUAAAAGAACUCUUUAAGAUUUCAUUCAACUCAGAAACAUAUUCUCAGCUGCUUUCCCAGAAUACAUUGUAAACUAUUAUAAUUAUUUUUAUUUAGAUUCCUUCAUUUCCAUAUAAUGAUAUCAACGACUAUGAUAUUAUUAUGAUGGAAUAAUAAAAUAUCAUCAAAGUCUUAAAUGUAAAUUUCCUUAUCUAAUCUAGGCUUUCCUUUAAAUUUACAACAAAAAACCUAUUGUUAGAACCCUCUUCUCUAGUUUACUCUUUUUAAAUGAAGAGAAUUCCAAACAAUUCUAAUUGAAAUUUUAUAAAGAACAGUCUCUUUAAAAAUAAUACAAUUUAAGUUAAAAACAAUCUAAAACUGGAACUCUUACUUUUUAAUUCAAUCAAAAUCAAUAUUAAAAAUAUAAAGACUAUUAAACCUAUUUAAAUGGAGAAUAAACUAAUUAUGAAAUUAUCCAAAAGUAUUUGGAACAAUUUGCUGAAUACACAUAUAAAGGUUAAUAAAGUCUUGGUUACUCUAUAGAAAUGAUGUAAUAAUUAUGUAAUUCUCUUCCAUCAUAUGUUGAAGCCUAAGAAUUUGGAAAAGCUUUGUGUAUGAUUAAAUCUUAUUUUGUAAUUUGAAUCCACUAUUUAGAUAGCAAACUCAAAAAGAUUUUGUUCUAAGAUCAACAAAAUAAAUUAUGGAUGUGUUAUUAAUAACUUUAGUUAAGUUUAAGAAUUCUAGAUAAUAAUUAACUGAAUUGAAAUCAAAUCUAUUUGAAACAUUUUAAAAUUAUUCAAAUGAAUUCCAUCUCCUUGAAAAACGUAAAGAAGAUUUAUUUUUAAUAAGUAAAUAUAAGAACUAUUCAUAAAUAGAAGAUUUAUAAAAAUGGGGUUUGAAUUAAGAAUAAUAAGAAAAAGUUGAUAUAAAUAAGUGUUAUACUGAUUUGAAAUAUGCGAAAGAAAUUAUGUUACCAAAAGACACAUAUUAUGUAGAUGAAAAAAGAGAUUAAUAUAUUUAUAUGCUAAAUAAAUUUAACGAAUAAUAUGAGUAGUAAUUUCUAAUAGAAACAGAUAAGUUACUUAAUGAAAUUCAAUAUUAUUUGGAUAAUAUGAGAUGCUAUACUAAUAACUAAGUAAAGGAAUUAAAAUAUAAGUAGCUUUAAAAUUGGGAUUUUUUAAUUUAAGAAUACGAAGAAUAUAAAAUAUCAUAUCAAAAACUAAUAGCUGUAAAAUGA